UGAGAUAUUUGUGUUAUAACUAACGAUUUGAGUUGAAUCUUUUUUUAAUGUUUAGAUUAAAAUCGGCCACAAUCACUUCUUAGCUGUAUCUCUCAGAUUCCACCACAAAAACAGGCUGGAAUGAGGAGGAGGACGGAGAGAAAAGGAAGGAGGGGGGUGGUUAAAACAGUGAGAGAAAGUAAAGCAUGCAUGGCUCUGCAGAUUGACGCUGUAGUAAAGACGGGCUGAGAGACACAGAAUACAUUCAGUCUUAUAGCAGCUCUGUGCAUUAAGGCUGCAUUUCACUGGAGAGCCGUUCAGCUGCAGUGAGGAUUAUCAGAGGAUUUCUGACAGCGUGUCAUUUUUGGAAAAUGGUGUUGUCCUCGCCCCCCUCAGCUGUUGAGUCUGCCAUGGAGCACCUGGUGAAGGAGCUGAACAUCCUGUUGAAGCUGCUGGAGCAUGAACAUUUGAGCUCAGCCACUGCAGAGAAGAUGACUGUGGUCAGGAACCUGCUGGGACAGUUACAACCAUCAGUGACAGGCAGUGACUUCAUAUACAUGAACACUUCGCUCUAUGGGAAUGGUACAAGCUUUGUGGAGUCACUAUUUGAAGAAUUUGAUUGUGACCUGAAAGAGCUUAGAGCUUCCCCUGAAGAGCUGAAAAACCAGGAAGAGGAAGAGACAUCAAAGCAUCCGCCCUCAAAAUCAAGCCCCACAGACACGCCCCCUCCACUGCCCACAACGCCCCCUCCUGAGGAUUACUAUGAGGAGGCUGUUCCGCUAGAACCAGACACCAUGCCUCAGUACAUCACCACCCAUAACAACUCCAGCCCACCGAAUUCAAUUGAGGAUGCCUAUUAUGAAGAUGCUGACAACAACUACCCAAUAACUCAGCUGAAUGGCCCAUGCAAGAACUCCUACAACGACUCAGAUGCUCUGAGUAGCUCUUAUGAGUCGUAUGAUGAAGAGGACGAGGAGGCUAAAAGCAGAGAGAGGACCCACCAGUGGCCCUCAGAGGAGAGUCCUGUGGGCCCAUUGAAGGACUGUCGCAAAUGUGCCUUUCUUCUGCGAAAGAAACGCUUUGGUCAGUGGGCCAAACAAUUAACCAUCAUCCGAGAGAACAGACUGCAGUGUUUUAAGAACCCUAAGGACCGAACUCCACACACUGACAUGCCUCUGAAUCAGUGCAGUGUCAUCUAUGUGUGUAAAGAUGGUCGACGCAAAAAGCAUGAGCUUAAAUUCUCCAUGCCUGGAGGAGAGUCCUUAGUGCUGGCUGUACCGAGCAAGGAGCAAGCUGAGAGCUGGCUUAAGGCCAUCCAGGAGGCCACUACUAUGGCCAACAGCACCAGUGCACUGGAGACAUCAUCUUCCCCCAUGGUCCCUCGCAAGACAGAGUUGGAUAAGAUGAUGGCUGCUGAUAGACAUACUUCGGAUUCUGACAGUAUUGCCAAUGGAGACUCUACUCGGGAGGGUGGUGAAAAUGGGAAGGUUAAGAGGGGAGCAUUCUCUGAGCUGACUGGGUCUAUGAGUCGCGCUGCUGGACGAAAAAUCAACCGCAUAAUCAGUUUCUCCAAGAAGAAGCCCCCUCUGCCUGGAGAGACAACCACCCUCUCCCACACCGACGACAACCCACGCUGUGGUUAUCUGAAUGUUCUGGUGAAUCAAUGCUGGAAGGAGCGCUGGUGUUGCGUAAGGGGUGGCACUCUGUAUCUCCAUAAAGACAGAGGGGAUAUCCAUACUCAUGUUAAUGCUGUGGCUCUUCGUGGUGUUGAGGUGUUACCUGGACUGGGGCCCAAGCACCCCUUCGCCUUCCGUAUCAUGCGUGAGGGCAAUGAAGUCGCUGCUCUUGAGGCCAGCUGUUCUGAGGAGAUGGGUCGCUGGCUCGGCGUGCUAUUGGCAGAAGCAGGUUGUGCUACCACCCCUGAGGCGCUGCACUAUGACUAUGUGGAUGUGGACACAAUCAGCAGCAUCAGAGAUGCAGCUCGCCACUCUUUCUUAUGGGCCACAUCCUCCAGCAGUGCCUCCACAGAUUCUCGCACCUACGACGAGGUUCCAUAUGAAAGCGCACAGCAGGUAGAGGAGGCUCAGCCUAAAUCAGGAGCCUCAGUGAAGCGCCACUCAUCUUUCUCCAGUGCGGACACACCAAAGGUCAACCCUCAAGUCACUGUGAAGAGGCACGGCUCUUCUGUGAAUCAGUAUGGUAAAUAUGGGAAGACGAGAGCAGAAGAGGAUGCACGUCGAUACUUAAAUGAGAAAGAGCAGCUGGAGAAGGAAAAGGAAGAGAUUAGAAAAGCUCUGCUGUUGCUCCGCAAAGAGAAGAGAGAAGUGAAAGAGAAGCUUAAAGGAGCUACGGGUAAGCAGCAGAAGGAUUUGGAGAAGCGUGUAGCUGAGCUGGAGGAGAGCUGCAGAGGGAAGGAGGCUGAAAGAGUGGAUCUGGAGCUGCGGCUUACUGAGGUGAAAGAGAACCUGAAGAAGUCUCUGGCUGGAGGUGUGCUGGGGACACCUACUGAGAAGAAAACCACAAACAAGGUUCAGAUCAGGAAAGCUGAAAAUCCUUAUGAGGCUUCUUUACCUGUGAACUGUGCUACUGAGAUGCGCAAGCGUCCUUCAUCUAUCUAUGCAUCCAGCAAAGGAAACGUCAUGCAGAAGGCAAAGGAAUGGGAGUCAAAGAAGGGGACUUAAUAUUAAACUCCUCUUAAAAAGACUGAUGAUCAGAGUCGUCUGGGGUAUCCAUGCUGUAAUUUGUUUGAAGAGACUUCAGUUGUGAAGUCUGAUCCGAUACUCAGCGUGUGCUAAGAGUUCAGUGGAGCAGAGUGCACCGUGGAUGGAUUCAACAGCUUUCUUGUGCUCAGCUUGUGUAUGGUUAUGUUCUUUUAAACAUUCGGAUGUUCUGUAUAUAGUCAUUUUGCAUGCUGAGAGAUACACGUCUGAAGAGGAAUUCAAAUGUUUUGGAGCAACUCCAUUAAGAAUCAAGACAGUGAAAGCAUGUUAUUAUGCUGUCUACUGUGGCAGUGCAUCAGCAUGACAGUUUACUUCCUAUUUACACAUCUCUGCCAACAACAGUGUGAAUACAGCUAUAUAAACCUGUUUUCUACUAGAAACAGGCUUUUCUGCAAGUUUUAGUGCACAAAUUUCUAUUUAUUUGCUGAGUUUCAAAUAUUGGGAAAAAAAUCAAACAUAAAAUUUAAAUGUGCUAUAACUUUUGCACAGGCCACAUUUUAUGUUUUAUUUUUCCCCAAAAUGUUGAAUUAAGCCAAUAAUUAGUACCUGUGCUUUAAAAUGUGCUUAAGUGUGUUCUCUAUAGAGGAUGUUUUAUCUUAUUUUCUACAAAACGUAAUUCGACCAGGGGUGCCCAAACUUUUUCAUACAACUGUAAAUAUGGACCUACUCAGUUUGUACUCGCAAACGAAAUGAUCAGUUCUAAAUGAAUAACAGCUGCUGUAAAAUUGUUUUGGAACAAACAAUGAAAGAUCCUGAAAGUUUUUUUGAAAGGAAAAAUAAGAUUGGACCUGUUUAAAGUGAAUUGUAUCAUAGAAAGGAGAAGUAAGUUGCUUUACUUUUAUGGAAAAUAUGGGAGUGAUAAAAAGGGAAAAGGGAAAUUUUAUAAAGCAGUAAUAAUUCUUGUCUAUAUACAGAACUUUUAUUAAGUUUAUUAAAUCCCUACUUCGGGACUGAA